GUAUGAGCAGAAUUGACAGCGGAGAACGUGGUUAAACGGCCCUGUCGAAGAUAUUGCGUAGGGACGGGGACGAACCAUGGAUUGGAUCAUCUCUAGAAGCAUAUGAUGGCGCCAAUAGUCUGACAUCUGCAUUUAUGUUACCGGGUAAGACGGACAUCGCCUACGCCCAAACCAAGGUAAGAUACACUGGGCAGAGAACUUAAAAUGUGCAGUACGUAGCUUUCGACAUCGAAGUGGUCGCCUCUAUGAGUGGGUAUCAGGCUUUCAUCCAAAUAACGCCCCCUGCCAGCUCGCUGAUAACAACUUCUCUAUGGCUCCUACAAUGCCCUAUGGAAGCUCAUUCACAAGGACUACGAUCGUUCCGACUUCAAGAUCAUCUCGACGAUCUGGGCGUAGCAGAAUUUGUUUUUUUGAGAAGCAGACAGGAUCUCACUGUCAGUGGUGUUGUUGACUUGGAGUGGCCCUUUAUAGGACCAGCCCAACUGUCUGGUCGGCCCUCUCUCUGGUGGCUUCUGAUGGAACGUCUAAUAAACUCGGCGUGGGAUUGGAUGACGGUGAACCAUGCGCAAUCGCUGACCGUUACUUCAAAUGCUUAUGCAUUUCCCAGUACGUUCUGGAGGAAGAGGCCAAAAUCCCGGGGAUAUGAGGUCAAAGAGCUGCCUCGUCUUGCCCGGUGGUCAGAACACUCCGGGGUUAUAUGGAUCCAUCUGCCUGUUACUGUCAACCGGUUUUAAUGACUGUCGAACAUUCCCUUCACGAAGCUGGGACGGGAGAAGAACGCGAUGAUGAGUUUGGAAGCAGCCAAGAAGAAGAAAGUGGAUCUUUGGAGGUCUUACCCAGAAACGGCC